UCAGCUGCUGGACACACCGUCGAGAACAAGAAGAUGUUGAUGGAGCUUCUGUAACAAGUUUGCCACCAAUGCAUUUGACUUUACCGAGCUAAUUUGGCAGAGAGUUUAUAUGCGUGUAGGAUGUAGGAGCGGAGGAGGAGGCAGGAUGGAGUGCUCCUGGAAGACAGUGCUGUUGCUGGUGUGUGCCUCUCUGGGGGUCCAGUACACAGCCAUCCGCACCCUGAGGGACUCCCUUUCUGGACCCUGCCACGGUGGCGUCUACCACUGCCAGAGUCGACAGCCCAAAGACUCCAGGUGGAGAGCUCUGUGUGACGACAGCAUGUUGCCCAUGGAGAUGUCAUCCACGGCCACCCGGCGCCACAUCCUCCUGUUCACCACAACGCGCAGCGGCUCCUCCUUCACUGGCCAGCUCUUCAACCAGCACCCUGGCAUCUUCUAUGUGUUCGAGCCCCUUUAUCACGUUCAACAGGCCUUCACCAACUCCAGCAGCAGGCUGCGUCGGGCCCUGGACCGCCGGGCCCUGCUGGGGGCCUACCGGGACCUCCUCCUCAACCUCUACAACUGCGACCUGCGCUUCCUGGAGAACUACAUCCGCCCCGAGCCCCAGGACCACAUCACUGGGUCCUUCUUCCGCCGGAGCUCCAGCCGAGCACUCUGCUCCCCCCCUGUGUGCCCCGAGGGCAGGGAGGGGGCCUCUGGGGGUCAGCCUGAUGAGACCUGGUGCCCCAAGAAGUGCGGUGCGCUGAACCUCACCCUUGCCUCCAUGGCAUGUCUGUCGCAGGGUCACGUGGCCAUCAAGACAGUUCGUGUUCCGGAGGUGGGGGACCUGCGCACCCUGACCGAGGACCCACGGCUUGACCUGAGGAUCGUCCACUUGGUGCGCGACCCCAGAGCCAUCCUGGCCUCACGGAUGAUGGCCUUCUCUGAGCAGUUCCGCGCCUGGAAGAUCUGGAACGCUACAGGCAGGAAGCCGCGCUACGUGGACCUAUCGCAGAUCACCAGCACCUGUAGGGACAUGGUGGAGUCGGCAGAGACGGGGCUGCAGAGGCCGGUGUGGCUGCGUGGACGCUACCUCCUAGUCCGCUACGAGGACCUGGCCCUCAACCCAGUGGAGAAGGCCCGGGAGAUAUACAAGUUUGUGGGAGUAGAGAUGGACGAGAACGUGCGCUCGUGGAUCGCACAGAACACCAACAACAGCGUGCCUUCUACGUCUGAGUGGAACUAUAAGUUCUCCACCACCAGAGACUCCAAAGCCACAGCGGAGAGCUGGAGGCUAAGACUAGGGUUUGAUAUAGUAAGGACUUUGCAGACUCUCUGCAAUGAUACACUCUCUCUUCUAGGCUACAAGGUGGUCCACUCUGUGGCUGAUCUCAGAAACAUGUCCAAUAGUUUGGUGGAGCCCAGGACCUUUCAGACUCUCCUAUAACUGUGACCAUGCAGUUGCUUGGAUGUAAUGCUACAAGAGCUCCAUAGCGUAACUGAUAUGUUGUCUGUGUCUUCUCUCGAACACAGGCAGUCCAAUUUGGAUCUUUUUCCACUAAUUGGUCUUUUGACCAAUAAGAUCAGCUAUUUUGCUUAUAAUUGGGCAAAAGAUCAGAAUUGGACUGUCUGUGUAAACUUAGCCAAUGAUACAAAUUUGUACAUCACCAAAGAUGAUCUAUUAUAUUGACAAGAUAGU